UCAUGACGCAUGAGGCCCGAGAUUGUAGUUUCUGCUCACGCCGACGUUUCUGGUCAGGAGACACGGAGGGCACGCCGGUCCUGCAGAAUUUUGUACAUAUAGCUACUUGUCUUAAAUAUAUCAUUUGGAAAGAACUGUGUGAUUCAGCGUCGUAAGUAAUUGGAAAAAGACAAAAACAAAGUCGAGACAGGAAGAGGACGCUGCACGUGAAGGCCAGAGGAGCGGUCCGUUUCCGGUGUCCAGGUGUCCAGCUGUGAGCGCUGAGAAGCUCAGACGUGCACGGUCGCAGUUUUGGCGAAGCGGGGGAGAGCUGCGUUCUAACGGACAGCGAUGCACCGCUUAAGGACUUGUGCUGCGCGGCUGCGGCCCCUCACGGCCUCACAAACUGCUCAGAGCCAGCCAUGGCAGAGGCAGCAGGCCACUCCCAGGACGUUCCGGCCUGUCAGGUGCUACACGGCGCCUGUGGCCGCAGAGCCUUUUCUCAAUGGGACUAGCUCCAACUAUGUGGAGGAGAUGUACUAUGCCUGGCUGGAGAACCCCAAGAGUGUACAUAAGUCUUGGGACAUCUUCUUCCGCAAUGCUAACGCUGGUGCUCCCCCUGGCAUGGCCUACCAGAGCCCCCCUCCGCUGGGCUUGAGCCUGUCAGGGCUCCCGCAUGUGCAGACACUAGUGAGCGCGCAGCCCAAUGUGGAGAAGCUGGUGGAGGACCACCUGGCUGUGCAGUCCCUCAUCCGCGCCUACCAGAUCCGCGGGCACCAUGUUGCUCAGCUGGACCCCCUCGGGAUCAUGGACGCCGAUCUGGAUUCUUGCGUCCCCGCUGACAUAAUCACAUCUUCGGAUAAACUCGACCUCAGCGUUUUCAAGGAGCGUCUCAGUAUUCUAACAGUCGGAGAGUUUAAGUCAUUUUUUAAAACUUGUCCGAAUCACCGGGAAAGUGGGUUCUAUGGGCUGGAAGAGUCCGACCUGGAUAAGGUGUUCCGCCUGCCUACCACUACCUUCAUCGGGGGUAAUGAGAGUGCCCUCCCUCUGAGAGAGAUCAUCCGACGGCUGGAGAUGGCAUACUGCCAGCACAUUGGGGUAGAGUUCAUGUUCAUCAACGACCUGGACCAGUGUCAGUGGAUCAGACAGAAGUUUGAGAAGCCCGGGGUGAUGCAGUUCACGUUGGAGGAGAAGAGAACACUGUUGGCUCGCAUGGUCCGCUCUACCAGGUUUGAGGAGUUCCUGCAGCGGAAGUGGUCGUCUGAGAAGCGAUUUGGCCUGGAGGGGUGCGAGUCUCUGAUACCCGCCCUCAAGACCAUUAUCGACAAAUCCAGUGAGAACGGCGUGGAGAAUGUCAUCAUGGGCAUGCCCCACAGAGGUCGCCUCAAUGUCUUGGCCAACGUGAUCCGCAAGGAGCUGGAGCAGAUCUUCUGUCAGUUCGACUCCAAACUGGAGGCAGCAGAUGAGGGGUCUGGUGAUGUAAAGUACCACUUGGGGAUGUACCACCGACGAAUCAACCGAGUCACGGAUCGCAACAUCACAUUAUCUCUUGUGGCCAACCCCUCCCACCUGGAGGCUGCAGACCCCGUGGUGCAAGGGAAGACCAAAGCUGAGCAGUUCUACUGCGGGGAUACUGAGGGUAACAGGGUGAUGUCCAUCCUGCUGCACGGAGACGCUGCCUUCGCUGGCCAGGGCAUCGUGUACGAGACGUUCCAUCUGAGCGACCUGCCAUCCUACACCACUCACGGCACGGUGCAUGUCGUUGUCAACAACCAGAUCGGAUUUACGACAGACCCCCGUAUGGCCCGGUCCUCCCCCUACCCCACCGAUGUGGCCCGGGUGGUCAACGCCCCCAUCUUCCACGUCAACGCGGAUGACCCGGAGGCUGUGAUGUAUGUGUGCAAUGUGGCUGCCGAGUGGAGGGCUACCUUCCACAAGGACGUGGUCGUGGAUCUGGUGUGCUACCGCAGGAAUGGCCACAACGAGAUGGAUGAGCCCAUGUUCACGCAGCCCCUCAUGUACAAGCAGAUCAAGAAGCAAAAAGGCGUCCUCCAGAAGUACGCGGAGAAACUGAUCGCGGAUGGUGCCGUCACCCGGCAGGAGUACGAGGAGGAGAUCGCCAAAUAUGACAAGAUUUGCGAGGAGGCGUACACACGCUCUAAAGACGAGAAGAUCCUCCACAUCAAGCACUGGCUUGACUCCCCCUGGCCCGGUUUUUUCACCCUGGAUGGCCAGCCCAAAAGCAUGAGCUGCCCAUCCACCGGGCUCAGUGAGGAGGAGCUCUGCCACAUUGGGCAGGUGGCCUCUUCUGUGCCUGUGGAGGAUUUCACCAUCCAUGGGGGGCUGACCCGCAUCCUUAAGAGCAGAGGGGAGAUGAUAAAGAACCGCAUGGUGGACUGGGCCCUCGGGGAGUACAUGGCCUUUGGGUCACUGCUCAAGGAGGGCAUCCACGUCCGCCUCAGUGGUCAGGAUGUGGAGAGGGGUACCUUCAGCCACCGUCACCAUGUGCUGCAUGAUCAGAAUGUGGACAAGAGGACCUGCAUACCCAUGAACCACCUGUCCCCCAACCAGGCCCCCUACACUGUGUGCAACAGCUCCCUGUCUGAGUACGGCGUACUGGGCUUUGAGUUGGGUUUCGCCAUGGCCAGUCCCAACGCCCUGGUCCUGUGGGAGGCCCAGUUCGGAGACUUCCACAACACGGCCCAGUGCAUCAUAGACCAGUUCAUCAGCCCCGGCCAGGCCAAGUGGGUUCGUCAGAACGGCAUCGUACUGCUGCUGCCCCACGGCAUGGAGGGCAUGGGUCCGGAGCACUCCUCUGCUCGUCCGGAGAGGUUCCUGCAGAUGUGCAAUGAUGACCCGGAUGUCUUCCCGAAAAUCACAGAGGACUUUGCCGUGCGCCAGCUGUACGACUGCAACUGGAUAGUGGUGAACUGCUCCAACCCGGCCAGCUACUUCCAUGUGCUGAGGAGGCAAAUCCUGCAGCCGUUCAGGAAACCACUCAUCAUUUUCACUCCCAAGUCUCUCCUGCGUCACCCUGAGGCUAAGUCCAGUUUUGACGACAUGUUACCAGGCACUCACUUCUUGCGCCUGAUCCCGGAGGAGGGCCCCGCCACUCAGACGCCCGGAAACGUGAAGAGACUCAUCUUCUGCACAGGGAAGGUGUACUACGAGCUCACCAGGGAGCGCAAGGCCCGUGACCUGGAGGACACGGUGGCCAUUGCUCGCAUCGAGCAGCUGUCCCCGUUCCCCUUCGACCUGGUGAAAGCGGAGACGGAGAAGUACCCGGACGCAGACCUAGUGUGGUGCCAGGAAGAGCACAAGAACCAGGGCUACUACGAUUACGUGAAGCCUCGUAUCCGCACCACCAUCAACCGCACCCGGCCAGUCUGGUAUGCCGGUCGUGACCCUGCAGCUGCGCCUGCCACCGGGAACAAGAAGGCCCACCUGCUGGAGCUGACUCGCUUCCUGGACACUGCCUUCAACCUGGAUGCCUUCAAGGGCCAGGUCUAGCCCCCCUGUCCUUCCUGCGCUGUCCCUGGCUGCAGGGAAGCCUUCUCCUCAACAUCCCCACAUCCGUCCCAUCUGCUCAUACUGGCAAUGCCCGCCCCACCCCACCCCGCCCACCUCGCUGUCUCCCUUAGAAGCACUCUGACAGUGACCAUGCUCUUCUCCGUGGAUGCUUAGCGCCACCUCCAGCAGUUUUCACCACUUCUCCGUUUGCUCUCAUCGCUCAGACCAGGUGCCGUAGCCAUCGUUUCAGCUAAUAACUGUGUCGGGAGUGCGUGGACUGGUCACGUGGCCAGUGGCCUCCUGCUGUAUCUAUGCUGCCCUGUCGUCUGUUAGUGGGAAGUAGGAGCUCGGCACAAAUUGAGUUCUGUUCUUUCGGCGGCAGCACGGCAGGCAUCUUGAAAGCUUUGAUCCUCCUGAUCGCCGCCUUGCAGUGUUAUAGCCCAGGCCUGCCAGCUGCGUCACCUCGUGGGCCCGGCUGCUCUCAAGCAGGCCUAGCAGCUGCUGCUGCUGCACUCCUACAUCACACUGUCAGCCCACCAGCUUCCCCAUGCCAGGUUUUACUUGUUUUUGCUUUAUUUUUAUUUUUUUUUCAAGGUUUAUGGCUUUCCUUAAUUGGAUGACAUUCUUGUUUUUCAUGGUCCCGGUUUGCCUAGUGGCAAGGAGCUGUCAAAAAACAUGCCUUUGUAUUUGAAAUCUGGUUUCAAAACAGCUGUUGUGCACAUUUUCUCCCUGGCUGAAAUACCAAGGAUAUGGAAUGGCUAAAAAAAAAAACUAACUUGUAUGAUUUGCAUUUGUAGCUGUAUAUAAAUAUGUCCACUAGAGGUUGUACAUUGUGAAUACAGGGAAUGGGGGUGACAUCAAUGGGGCAAGAGCUGACUGGGAGUGAAGCUGAGCGUCACUCCCAAGGGUAAGGGGCUCAGCAGCACUCCACAGCGCCCCCUGCUGUCUGCUCCCUCACGGCAGUGAUUUUGGCGCAUUAAGGUUCCGCUCCCUUCCCCUCCCUUUUUACUAACCCCGCUGUGCCAAAAACUGUAAUUUUACCUAAAUUAAGGGUAUUUGUGUAAGUAGGGGAAUCAAUUUUCCUGUAUAAUGGUAUUUCCAUGGCAAAGAACUACAAAAAUACACACUCUGGAUCUUCACGGGACAAAACCAUCUUAUUUAUUUUCCAUUAAAAUUUUAUUUCAUUGUACUUUGCUUCGUUCAAUAAAACAUUGUCUUCUCAUAA